AUGAGGAUCAGAUUACCAGAAGCCUGGAAUACUGCUGAUGUUUGCACAACUUUUUAUCUAACUUCAGGCGAUGAACCUCAUCAGGAUGAGCUGGACUUUGAGCUUUUGGGAAGCAAACCCGGGGGGGAAAAAUUAUUGCUGACAAAUGUUUUUAUAGAUGGUCAGGGCGGUAGAGAGGAAACCAUGACAUUUUGGUUUGACCCCACCACUGAGUAUCAUGACUACCAAAUUCUUUGGAACCACCAUCAAAUUGUAUUUUAUGUUGACCAAUUCCCAAUUAGGAUUUUCAAGAACAACAAAAAAUUUGGAGUUCCCUACAUAUCAAAACCAAUGAAAAUACAAGCAAGCUUGUGGAACGCAGAGUGGGCAACUCGUGAUGCAGAUAUAGAUUGGAGAUAUGCACCUUUUAAAGCUCACUACCAAGGAUUUGACGUAAACGGCUGCACACCACAGAACUCCAUCAAAGAUUGUUAUGGGCACAGAUAUUGGUGGAACAGUAGGAAGCAUUGGGAACUUGACUCCAACGAACGACAAAAAUACGAGGAUAUUAGAAGAUUUUUGGUAUAUGACUAUUGUUCAGCUGGUUUUCCAAGGAAACCAGAGUGCGAUCUGAAUGGAUAGAUUGAAGAAGUUUCACUACUAGA